AUGUUUCUCGCUCUCUCUUGCUGGGACGCCACGUUAAUACAUUCGAUCACGAUACCUGCGGGUCUGUACUGGAACGUAUUAGCGAAGACGUACCGGUCCCCAAUUCUGGCGGGGGCAGGUCGUCUUAGACUGCGACGCUUCGCAGCUUGCCACUCGGAGACCGCACGCCCUGAUAAUCGUAACCUCCUCGCCUCUCAGCCUCUGCGUCAUCGUAGUCUGCCAUCGACACACCGCAAACACCGCAAUGAGCAGCACGUCGUAUUCCGACCAAAGAGGGAGAGUGAGGGCCACGACAUGAUGAGGCACAAGGGCGUUGAUCUGCGUCGUGAAUGGUUCGAAGGAGAGCAGGAGGCAGCGGAACCGAAGAUGGCAUUUCAUUUCCAACAGUUUACGGUAGGUAGAGCUGUCCUUGAGGUGCUUGGCGCCGAUGUUGUCCGGGAGCUUCUGGAAGAAGGCGUUAAGUUGGGUAUAGCUGGGCAUCCUGCGCUCUUCGUCCGCUUCAGCCGCCGUCUUCUAGCUGCCCUUGAGGUGGCGACUAAUAGUGCUCUCUUCGUUGUUGAGCGUGGGGUUCGAGUUGGCUGCGACGUCGUUGGCCUGGACGGAGUUGUCGAGGCCGUUGGUGCUCGCAACGUGGGCGGUUGCACGAGCAAUGUUGCAGUUGGCAAAGCACACGCCAGCCCGCUUCGCAGAAUGUGCUUGGGACGCAGUAGCAGAGGCAGCGAUCGCGUCGAUUCCGGACGUGCAGUGACGUCGUUCGAUGGAAGGAGGCCGGUUCUGAGCUCAAGGACCGCAGCUGGCCGAUUGCGUUGCUUGUUUUGCACUGACCAGAGCGAAUCGAGAAAUGAGCGCAUUGCAAGAAGGGGUACAGUAGCGCAUUGGCACAGAGCAUCUCUGAGAUGGGGACGUCAUUUCUACCGGCACGACUCGUUUCGCGCCCAGGUCCCUGCAUCUUUGAGCUGUGCCGGGAAGUGCUGGUGGCUCAACAAGCUCGAGCAGAAUCCAACCAACGUUCAUCGCGACUAUUAA